UUAACUUUCAACACAGAUUUUCGACGCCUUUAUUUUUAUUUUUAUUUACGUGCUAAUAAUCACAUUUUCCUAUAUUUGUAUUUACAGUUGGUGAACAGCAGUCAAUUCUGUCAAGAACAUGAAGUCAAAUGCAAGCGAUGAUAAAAGUGAAUUUCAAAAUAUCAAUGAAUUUGGUGAAUCGUCAGAGGACACAACGAGUGGCUUCUUUGAAUCAUCCAGCACUUUAAAUAAUGAAGCAUCUUAUAAAAGCAGUACACCUGAGCAAUUUGUAGCAGAAAAAAAUACCAACGAUAGACUAAGAUCAAGAAAAAUGCAGCAACAACAACCGUCACAAACAAAUAUUGAUCCCUCUGACAUGACAGAUUCAAGUUCACAAAGUGACGAUUAUGGAAAUUGUCGAGGACGUCGGAAAGCUACAUAUUUGACAUUAACGUCAAACGCAAGGAGGAAAAAAGGAACGUUAAAUGCUAAAGAAAGAAAUCUUCGACGACUAGAAUCUAAUGAGAGGGAGCGCAUGAGGAUGCAUAGUUUAAAUGACGCUUUUCAAUCACUGAGAGAAGUCAUACCCCACGUAAAGAAGGAACGUAGAUUAUCAAAGAUUGAGACGUUAACACUUGCAAAGAAUUAUAUAACAGCAUUGACAGAAGUUGUUGUUACAAAUAGCAAUGGAGGGCUUCAACAGCAACCAAAUAACUGCAGUAAUGAAAUUGCUAAUCUAAUUUCAAUAAACAAUGCAGUCAUUAUCAAUCCUAAUCAAAAUCAAAAUCAAGAUGUCAAUAAUAAUACAAAUAAUAAUAAUAAUGUUAGGAGUAAUAAUCACGAGCAUUCAGUAAGAGCGACACAUCGAAAUAACAAUGGAAGUGCUAAUGAUCGUGGUGAUGUAGAUUUGGCAGCCAUUGAGCCGACAUUCUUUGGAAAUGAAGAUGAGGAUCCAUUUAGUAUUAUUUAAGUUAAUUAGAAAGAAGCAUUAAAUUAUUCGUAAUAAGUCAUGAAUUGAGCAGUAGCAGUUGUAUGUCGUCGUCGUAAUUUGCAAUUUUGGGUGGCUUAUAAAUAUGGGAAUUUUUAAAGAAAAUAUUUCAAAACGUUAUUUUUAUUAUUAGUAUAUAAUAAUGAUAAGGACACAUGAUGCAUAUAUAAAUAAAUUCACUAAGAACUUAGACAUUACAUUAUAUAGUAAAGAAGUCAAAUUCGUC